CAUACAGGAGAGGAAGAAGUUUGGUCCUCUGGGCUGGAACAUCCGUUAUGAGUUCAACGACAGCGACAGAGAGUGUGCCCUGCUCAACCAGAACCUCUACUGUCAGACUGGCCAUAUACCCUGGGAUGCUCUCAUCUACAUCACUGGGGAGAUAACCUACGGAGGCAGGGUGACUGAUGCCUGGGACCAGCGCUGUCUCCGCACCAUCCUCAAAAGGUUCUUCUCUCCUGUCACCCUGGACCCAGGGUACACCUUCUCCACCUCAGGUGUCUACUUUGCCCCCGAGGCAGACAGACUGAGUGACUAUAACAGGUACAUAGAGAACCUUCCUCUCAUAGACGACCCUGAGAUCUUUGGUAUGCACGAGAACGCCAACCUCGCCUUCCAGCGUCUGGAGACUAUGACCCUGAUCAACACCAUCCUGGAGGUACAGCCUCGCUCGUCGGCCCGCGGCGGGGGCAAGAGCAACGACGAGAUCGUCCACGAGCUGGCCGACUCCAUCCUCGCCAAGAUCCCGGAGUGUCUGGAUAUGGAUGAGGCAGCGGAGGCUCUGUUUAUUCGUGACGCCAACGGACGCCUCAACUCCCUCACCACCGUCCUCGGACAGGAAGUAGACCGCUUUAACAACCUGUUGCGGGUCCUCCGGGUGUCUCUGUGUACCCUCCAGAAGGCUAUAGCAGGGCUGGUGGUGAUGUCAGAGGAGAUGGAGAGGAUCUACACCAGUUUCCUCAACAACCAGGUUCCAAACCACUGGAGCACCUCAGCCUACCCCUCCCUCAAACCCCUGGCCAGCUGGGUUAAAGACCUGGCCCUCAGGACCUGCUUCAUAGAGAACUGGAUCAUGCGGGGUCAGCCCAAAUCCUUCUGGAUCUCUGGAUUAUUCUUCCCUCAGGGCUUCCUCACUGGGGCGCUACAGAACCACGCCAGGACCUAUAACCUCCCCAUCGACGAGCUCAACUUCCGUUUCAACGUGUUGCCGGUCUACCUAGACCAGGGGGCCGUGAGCGAGGCGCUGAAGACCCUACCGGCCGGGGGCGAGCUGGACAUGGACUCUGAGCUACCCACCAUCAACGACGGCGUGCUGGUGCACGGGAUGUUCAUGGACGCCAGUCGCUGGGACGACGUCAACAUGGUGAUCGAGGAUGCGUUGCCGCGGGUGAUGAACGCCAUGCUUCCCGUGGUGCACUUCGAACCCCAGCAGAACUACGACCCUGAUCCGUCUCUCUACCAGGCUCCACUGUACAAGACCUCAGCUAGGGCUGGGACUUUGUCUACUACAGGCCACUCUACUAACUUUGUGGUGACUGUGAUGCUGCCGUCCAGCCUGCCUAGUGACUACUGGAUCACCAAGGCCUCAGCUCUGCUCUGUCAGCUCAACGAGUAGUGACCCACCCACAGGCACCACACACACACAGCUGUACUUCUGCACCUUCAAUACCAGCAGCACUGAUGAAGCCCAUUCUCUAUGGACUCUUGUUUUCUGGUUUUCUAAUGUCUGUAUUGAGAAGUAUUCUACUGUGUACUCUCCUCCUGCUAAUCAGUUGAAGGGAUUAUUUGUAUGGGGCCCAAAAUGGCAUUUCUUUUAUUUUCUGAGUUGCUGUGAUUAAAUACCAUGUGGCA